AUUAUAUUUUUUAUUUUUGGCAAUGGUCUAAAAUCUUAUGUUGUGUGUUGGUUUGUCUUGUUGUCUCUGUUGAUAUUUGAAUAAAUAUAUUUUUGAAUGCUUUUGCGUAACUAUAUUUUAAAAUGAUUAAACAUUAUUAACCCAUUAUAAUGAAAAGAGUUGGAUUAUCUCGAUUUAGUCCUUUAGAAGUCAGUCGAAAAGUACAGCAAUGUUUACGCUUAGAGGGCGUCAAUGCAAAUGGCGUCAACUCUUCUGAAAGUACCUUUGAUAAUGCAACCCGUAAUAAAAUCGAUUCUGAAAACCAAUCAUCCAGUGACAAAAAUUGCUCUGAUAACAAUAAAAGCAAUAUACUGACUUCUAUUAAAAAGAAAUGGAAGAAAACAAACCGUAACAAGCGUUGCGAUGCGAGACCUAGAUCAGAUUCAAUGUCGAAUGUGUGUCAGUGUCACAGCGAGAAUUGUGAAACACAAACCACUUGUGCGAAUCACUUUAGAAGCCGUAAAAUAAAACAAGGGGACAAAAAUAACAUAUGGCCAGUACCCUCAUCAAUUUUAAGGUGUCAAAAUCAUCAAUUGUCUGACAAAGCCGAUGAUGUGGCAGAAUUGCUCCCUUGUUCCUCCGAUGAUCCGGAAAUAUGCUCCUGUUUUGGGAGAAUUCAAAAGUCAAAUUCAGAUUAUGAAACAAAGAAAUCUGCACCUUCUUGCUCAAAACUCAAUUCAUGUACAUCUUGUAGUAUGUCCAAUUUAACCUGUGAUGUAAACCAAAUUGCCUCUAGUCUUGCCGAACCUGAGAGAAACCUUUCCACAUCUUUUAAUACUUUAAACAGUAAUCAGCUCACAGAAGCAAACACAACAUAUGAAACCACUUUGUCUAGUGCGCCUAAUAAAAUUCUUACAGAAUCUUCCGAAUUGACCCUCAGUUCAGUCGUUCCUAGGGUCGGAAAUUUGACUCAGGAAUUGUAUAAAUUAUCAAAAUAUGGCUGGUAUUGGGGACCCAUCAAUAGAAGUGAAGCUGAAUCAAAAUUAAUAGACCAACCCGAUGGAGCUUUCUUAGUGCGAGAUAGCUCUGACGAUCGAUAUAUAUUGAGCUUGAGUUUCCGUUCUCAUGGUAAAACACUUCAUACUCGAAUUGAACAUAGUAAUGGUUUAUUUAGCUUUUAUGCUCAACCAGAGCCUGAAGGUCAUGCCUCCAUUGUUGAACUGAUACAACAGUCCAUGUGUUUUUCCCAAUCUGGUGUUUUUUGUUAUUCUCGAAGUAGGUCUCCAGGUUCUCCGUCAUUUCCAGUGCGCCUUACUAAGCCAAUAUCUAGGUUUACUCAGGUUCGCUCAUUGCAAUAUUUAUGUCGCUUUGUUAUCAGACAAUUCACUAGGUAUGAUCAUAUACAAAAAUUACCUUUGCCAUCUAGGAUAAAAGGGUACCUAGAAGAAGGACAUUAUUGAAGUGUUCCAAUGCUUUAUUUAGGGAAUGUUGUUGCCUUUUAGAAAUAUGUAGGAUAAAAUAAGCUGAAUGCAGAAACAUUUAUGCAAUAUAUUUAUUAUAAUGUGUUCUGGAGUUUUAAAGAAAGGGUGAGGGAAAAUUGAUAUUAAAUAUUUAUUGGACAAAUAAUAUUUUGCAAAGUCAAGAAAAGCUAUAAUAAACAAUGUUUAUAAAUUAUAUGCAAUGAAAUGUGAUAUUACAAACUGUAUGCAAUUACUCUGUCCUUUUGCUCUUCAUUAAAUAGAAAUGUUGAUAUAUUUUCAGUUCUAAAAAAGUAUAAUGUGAAAUCAAGCCAUUUUUUAAUCAAAUAACUUGAUUAAAGUUUGUUGUAUUUUCAUCAUAAAACAAUAUAAGCAACUGUUAUAUUGCAUUGAAAGUUACUAUUGAUGAUUGAAAUAUUUAUAAUAUGUGAUGUAUUAAAAUAUUAUAAAAUUGG